AUGAGUGUACCGCAUCAAAUGUCUUUCUGUGUGUGGCGGGCCGUCUUUUACGCCUCCGUCUGGACGGCGGGGGACUUCUUUGCGCAGUUCUACGCCGCACACAAGGAGGCGGCGGCGCGGCGUGCCUCCGGCGAGAAGCGGAAAGGCCCGCGCCCGAGUGGAGCGCAGAUGCUUGCGAUGCUCGACAAGGAGCGCCUUGGGCAGAACACGCUCUUUGGACUUUUCGUCGGCGGCUUUAUUGGCCAGUAUGAGCGCUUCCUCCCCCGCAUCUUCGGCACAUUAACACGUAACGCCACACCGUGCCUAUGCUCUCUCGGGCUACAGCAGCUGGCAGUGACACCUCUCAUUCUCUGGUCCUACUUCAAUGCCAUGACCGCAGCGCGUGGAGGGGUAAGCGACCCGAGUUUCAUGAAUGCACACAGCUUCGGGGCACAUCAGCGACACGACAUCGCUAGUGUGGAGCGCCACAUCCUUCAUGAUGUGAUGCCGUAUCCGCUUCUCGCCUCAUGGGGCGUGUAUACGCCGCUCUUUAUUCUUGCGUACAUGGGCCCACUCCGUGCUUCCACCUUCCUGUCCAGCUGUCUUUUUGUGCCGUGGUGCGGCCUCGUCUCCCACACGCAGGGGAAUGACCUCCUCUAG